UCAUUCUACUUCUUCUCUCAGCAGCAUCAAGCUUUCUUCAAAAAUGGCAAUGGCGGAGAAAAGCAAGAUCCUGGUGAUAGGAGCAACAGGUUACAUGGGCAAAUCCAUAGUUGAAGAGAGCGUUAGAACAGAGCAUCCAACGUUUGCUCUGGUCCGAGAGAUCUCUCUCUCCGAUCCAACCAAGAACAAACUCAUCACCCACUUCAAAGCUCUUGGUGUCAACAUUCUACUCGGAGAUCUGAACGAUCACAUAAGUCUUGUAGGAGCCAUCAAACAGGUCGAUGUGGUCAUCUGCCUUAUAAGUAGCUCGCAAGUAUCAGACCAGACCAAGAUCAUCGCCGCCAUCAAAGAAGCCGGUAAUAUUAAGAGGUUCUUCCCAUCAGAGUUUGGGAGCGACGUCGACCGAACGAAAGCAGUCGGGCUAGCCAAGUCGGCGUUUUCGCUGAAAGCUCAAAUCCGACGCGCCAUAGAAGCAGACGGGAUUCCUUACACAUAUAUUGUGAGCAAUUGCUUCUCCGGGUUUUUCCUGCCGUCCCUGGGGCAGUUUCAGCAGGGCAUCCUCUCUUCCCCUCCCAGAGACAAAGUCCUCAUCUAUGGAGACGGCAAUGUCAAAGGUAUUAUCAAUGCGGAAGAAGAUAUCGCCGCCUACACCAUCCGAGCUGUUGAUGACUCAAGAACUCUGAACAAAGUCCUAUACAUCAAUUGUCCCGAAAACAUUGUCUCGAUGAAUGAUUUGGUUACUCUAUGGGAGAAAAAGAUCGGGAAAACCCUCGAGAAGACUUAUGUUUCAGAGGAACAACUCCUGAAGAACAUUGAAGAUUCUCCGGCACCCAUCAACAUGUACCUGUCCCUAACCCAUUCAGUCUUUGUGAAGGGUGAUCAAACCUCAUUCACUCUAAACCCGGCGUAUGAAGUGGAGGUUUCCGAGCUUUAUCCCGACGUCAAGUACACCAGCGUUGAAGAGUAUCUCGAUAAGUUUGUUUGAGAAAAUCGCGCAUCUUCUUCACCGAAACCCCGGUCUUGUUAUGAACAAUGUUUUAUAUGGCUUUUGUAACGCAACACUGCAAUCCGAGUUUGUCUCAAUUGGACAAAAGGUUUUCCUGAACAAAAGUGGUUUGAUCUGCUUGAAGUGAGGUGUAAACUGUGAAUCUAUGUGUUCGAAUCUC